GACGCGGGCCGCGCGGCCUCCUUGCCCGGAUCCCCGGCCGUCGGCGUCCGAAUUCCCGACCCUCCGCGCCCGGAUCUGCGGUCCACGGCGCCCCGAUCCCCGACCCUCCGCGCCGCGAUCCCCGGCUCUCCGCGUCCAUAUCCCCGACCCUCUGCACGCAGAUCACGGGGCACUCCGCGCCCUGACCCUCCUUCCCCGCCCUUGGCGCCGGGGCCUCCCACCGCCCUUGGGGUCUCGGCCCUCUGCAUCCCUCAUCCCCAACCGGCUCCCCUACCCCUAAUCCGUGCGCCUGUCCUCAGCCGUGCGCACUACCCCCAACCCCCGCUCCAGGCCUAAACCCCUUGCCCUGUCUGGUUCUUCCUCACGCCCAGCCAGGCGCUCGGCGCCGCCGGCCUCUGCACUUUCCCCUCCACCCAACCCCUGCGCGGCGCCUCCGCGCUCCAGCCCUCGGUGGGUGCCCUGCCACCCCGCGAUCUCGCGCCGACUCGCGUGCGCGGUCACCCUGUGGCCGCCUGGCUCUGACUCAACCCGCGCGGCCACCUCGCGCAGGUCACGUCCUGUCCUGGGCCUGGCCUGGCCCCUCCUGCUCCCAGUUCUGAAAGCCCUCGGGCCUUAGGCCCAGACAAGGUACCUGGAAAGGAGUGGGGACUGAUGGGCCGGCCCCUCCUGCGGCGGAGGCGGGGCAAGGCUGUGGGCCCGGAGGUGGGGGGGCCCUGCACGGGCAGGACCGGGAGCAGGACGGGGCUUAGACUGCACGCGGAAGAAGAGGUCUGAGCGUCGCCUACCUUACAAUUACCCAUUUUAAGUGGAAUAUUCAACUGGAGCCCUGGACUCAUGUCAGCCCUGCGAAAAGAAUGACCAUAGAUGGAUGCUCCUUAAGUCAAGGGCAGGCAACCUAGGCCGUGGACCUCUGGGAGAGGAUGGUGACCCCCUGGCGCUUCUCUGUCAGGGUCUGCUUGUCUCACCUAAGGAGUUUUGAGCUCAGAAAGGAACUCGGCCUUCUGAGACUCUCUGGCUGCUCUCACAAGGCUAGACUCUGUUGGCUUCUGCUUGGCACUUUGCCCAAACUCAUCUCAGCCUAUGAGGACGUUGGUGACAAGGUCCCUGAGAACCUGUGUCGGCAAAGGGCUAGGUGGAGUGACCUGGCUGAAAAUGUGCCACUGGAGAGAGUCCCCCAGGAGGGGCGGCUAGACUGCCUCCUUCUGCACUUGCGUGUCUGGCUUAGGGCUGGCGCUCUCUUGGUGAAAUUCUUUCCCCUCCUUCUACUCUACCCCCUCACUUACCUGGCUCCCAGUGUCUCCAGCCUCUGGCUCCACCUGCUUUUGAAAGCCACUGAGACCUCAGGCCCAACGUACAUCAAACUGGGCCAGUGGGCCAGCACCCGGCGAGAUCUCUUCUCGGAGGCUUUCUGUGCCCAGUUCUCCAAGCUGCAUGUCCAGGUGACUCCCCAUGCUUGGACUCACACUGAAGACUUCCUACGGGAGGCAUUUGGGGAGGACUGGGGGCGGGUCCUCUGCUUUGAGAAGCAGGAACCUGUGGGCUCAGGCUGUGUGGCCCAAGUGUACAAAGCACGUGCCAAUCCUGCCUUCCUGGAGAAUGACAGCAUCCAGAGACUUGCCAAGGCCUCCAGACUGCAGCCUUCUUCGGAAGCUGGGGCAGUCCGGGAACUGAGAGAGCACCUUGGACAUCUGGGGAAGGUGUGGGGGCCUCAAGGAAGUCUUGCUGACCAGUCAUUUCUAGAAAGGCUGCUCUUCCCUAAAGCUGACCUGGUUGGAUCGAAUGCAGUCUUGUCCCAGGCUUCAGGGCCCACCCACGGACCUGAGUCAGAUCACCUCAUCCCAGUGGCGGUGAAAGUGUUGCAUCCUGGCCUGCUUGCUCAGGUGCAGAUGGACCUGCUGCUGAUGAAGAUGGGCAGCCGGGUCCUUGCCCUUUUGCCAGGAGUCAAGUGGCUCAGUUUACCUGAGAUUGUGGAGGAAUUUGAGAAGCUCAUGGUCCAACAGAUCGACCUGCGUUACGAAGCUCGGAAUCUAGAACACUUCCAGUGCAACUUCCUAAAUGUGAAUUCUGUCAAAUUCCCCACCCCUCUGCGUCCCUUUGUCACCAGGGAUGUCUUGGUGGAAACAUAUGAAGAGAGUGUGCCUGUGUCCAGUUACCAGCAAGCAGGGAUUCCCAUCGACGUGAAGAGGAAGAUAGCGCAGCUGGGGAUCAACAUGCUCCUGAAGAUGCUGUUGAGCACUUUCUCAGUGCCAGGCGCUCUGUCACCGAGUGAGGUGCCUUGGGAAGAUUGGGCAAGGAGCCACAUGUGUGGUCAGAGAGUUGGAGGGAAGAAACGAGGUAACCGAGGUGGAUCUGUGAGGGCUGAGGCAGGUGGCAAACGUGAGGCAGAGAUUUUUGUGGACAAUUUCGUCCAUGCGGACCUUCACCCUGGGAACAUCCUGGUCCAGGGCGCAGAUGGCCUUCCCAACAGUCAGGAGGCGCGGCUGCAGCAGGUGGAUGUCUGUGACGCGCUGGCGGUGGCUGUGACACCUGCCCGGUGCCCGCUGCGCCUGGUUCUGCUGGACGCCGGCAUCGUGGCGGAGCUGCGGGCCGCCGACCUGAGGAACUUCCGGGCCGUCUUCAUGGCCGUGGCAAUGGGGCAGGGCCAAAGAGUGGCGGAGCUCAUCCUGCAUCACGCCCGGGCCAGCGAGUGCAAGGAUGUGGAGGGAUUCAAGGCCGAGAUGGCCAGGCUGGUGACCCAGGCCAGGAAGGAUACCAUCACCCUGGAAAAGCUUCAAGUUUCCAGCCUUCUCUCGAAUGUCUUUAAGUUACUGAUGACUCACAAGGUAAAGCUUGAGAGCAACUUUGCCUCAAUCGUGUUUGCCAUCAUGGUGUUGGAGGGGCUUGGCCGCUCACUGGACCCUAAACUGGACAUUCUGGAGGCAGCAAAGCCCUUCCUUCUGAAAGGACCCAUGACCCCCCGCUGACUGCAGCAGUGGGUGCGGGCGGGCUUCAUCUCAGAACCGGAAGCCACUCCCAACAGUCUCUCCUGUGGUAGCUUGAACAUUUUAAAACUGGGAUGUGUGGAAGGUCUGCCACUGCUUUUCACUCUGAGUGGUUUCAGGGGUCUGUUUUCAAAGCUCUGGGUUGUUUGGGGAAGUAAAGGGAAAGAAGGGUCCUGUCCAUUCAGUCGUAGAAGCUGGGCGUGGCAGCAGGGAGACUCUGUUUCAGGGGAAAUGUUCUCUGGUGGAGGACGAAUAAACUUAGUUAUUUUGUUUUCUG